CAAAACCCUCUCCGGCGACGAACUCUUAGCGGGCAAUGGCGGGCGGCGCCGGCGAAGACCACCUCAGCGCGCUCCCCGACGACGUCCUCCGUCUCAUCCUCCUCCGCCUCCCCUCCACCGCCGAGGCCGCGCGGUUCAGCGCCCUCUCCCGCCGCUGGCGCGACCUCUGGACCACCCUCACGGAGCUGCGGUUCCCCGACGUCACCGACCUCGCCAGCGUCAGCGCCGUGCUCCGCCGCCACCCCGCCCCGGUCCUCCACAAGCUGCAUGUCCGCCACGAGCUUACCGUUGCUAGCGGCCGCGUCCCGGAUAAGAUCGCCGCGGUCCUCGGCUUGGCCGCGCCCCUCCUCGAAGGCGAGCUCUGCUUCGAGAUCAUCACGCCGGCGAACCAAAAUCCGGCGGCGGAGGCGGCUGAGAUCGGGGGAGCGUUUCAGAUCCCGUGCUUCAAGAAGGCCACGGAGAUCAUCAUCAUCCUAUCCGACCACCUUGGCAUCCGGCUGCCACCAAUCGGCGUCUUCGCGAAGCUCACGGUGCUGCAGUUGAGCCACUUGGACAAACAGAACCAGCGCGAUCUCGGCGGCGCGGUCUCGUCGGAGGGUUGUCCUUCGCUACAACACCUCCUCCUCAUCAAAUGUCAUGUCUCGUCACAUCUUGCCAUCCGCUCCGAGUCUCUCCUCCGUGUUCAUCUGUUUGAGCUGCGAGGCUUGGAGCGGCUCACGGUUGUUGCUCCUGUGCUUAAAGAACUAGGUGUGAACUAUUGCUUCGUCAUGAGUGUGGCAAGGGCUGACAUAUCUGCUCCGGCGGUUGAGGAACUUCACUGGAUUGAUGUGUUCGAUCCGUUCUUGGUCCAAUUCAGUGCGAUGCCACGCCUCCGGAGUCUCGCUGUCUGGGGCGCGCCGUCCAGAAUAUAUGAUGUUGGAAAGUCGCACUCUCUGCCACUCCUGCAGCGUAUUGUGUCAGCCCGUGAAGUUCAUAUCCUUCUGAUGUAUCCAUUUGACAUUGCUAACUUUGAUCUCAUGGUGGAAGCAGAGAAGACGCUCCCUGCCGUCGAAAUCCUAUCUCUGAAGUUCUGUACAGGAGGACACGCCUUUGGACCUUGUCUAUUCACUUUUCUUAGGAUGUGUACCGGUAUAAGGCAACUGAAUCUGGACUUCGACGAUGGCAGUAAGAUUCGUUGCUCAUUUGACUGCAUUUGUCAUCAGCCUCAAGUCUGGGAAACCAUGAAUAUCCGCUUGAAUUUGCUCCAGAAAGUUGAAAUGAAAAAUCUGAGUGGAGCAGAGUAUGAAAUAUCUUUUGUGAAACGACUGUUGAGAUGGGUGCCAAUGCUCAAGACGAUUACUCUAAGAUUUGAUCAUUCAGUCAGCGAGGAGGUGUGCAAGGAGCUACUUAGCUCCUCUAGCCCCGGGAUUUGCAUGGAAAUGUACUUGCACUGCAAUGGAGAUGAGGUGAAGUAUAGCGGAGUGGACCUGGAGCCCAUGAUACUCAGUUAAAGGAGCACUGUGAUCUCCAAAACCCACCAAUUUUCAGUCCUUCCUUUCAGAUCUACUAGGGCAACUUGGCCCCAAUCUGUGACUACAUGCUCUGAAGAAUGUUUUAACAUGCAUUUGGAUGUUUUCAUGCAGCUGGUGGAAAUUGUCUGAUCGAAACUUUGCCCCCAUUUAAAUGUGAAUGUUGUCUGACAGAAAGGUUCAAAUAUCAGUUUCAUCUCUACUUCUGACUUUCUGUCAUAGCAAGGUUUCACUCUACUUUCCAGUCUCUCUGUGAAUUCAAAUGACCAAUCCAGUUUCUAGCCCUUGGGAAUUGUCGCAUUGACCUGGUGAAUUCGUAGCCUCCACUCUGCUGUGUUGGGACUUAUAUGUAUAAGCUGUAUUAGAGUAUAUGUAGUAUAUAGACUGUAAAAUUGAUAAUUUCCAUAUAGUGCAGGUAUU